AUGGACCCACAGUCGCCUCCCAAGCGGAUUACGCGGGCGCGAGCGGCUGCGAACGCCGUCGAACCUGCCACGCGAACCACCCGGAUCGUCACUGCCGCGGCCAAGGCCAAGGCAAAGACCACCACCUCAGCAACAGCGUCGACCACGUCGAGUGCCAACAAGCGCAAGACCCGAUCUGACGACGACGGCGAAGAGUCAGACAACGACGGCCCGCCCGCAACCACGACAAUGAAGGCAGCCAGGGCCACCCGCGGCCGGGCGAAGAAGACGGUCGACCAGUCACAGACAGAGCCCGAACCAGAACAGCAAGCGGCGCCAGUCAAGGCUCCGCGAGGGCGCCCUAAGAAGGUGGUCGUGCCCGCGGCAGAAGAGGAGCCGCAAGCGGUCAAGCCAGCCAGGGCAACACGGGGAAGGAAGGCUGCGGGGGCAGCAGACGAGCUCGAGACGCAGGCUGAGCCCGUCAAGAAGACGACUCGGGGCCGACCUCCUCUGGGCACAGCCACCGCCACGGCAGGCACGAAGUCGACAGCCAAGCCGGCCCUGAAGAAGACGGUCAAAUUCGAAGAACCAGAGAAGGAAAACAUCGCACCGCCGAAUGCUGGUGGACGCAGGGGGGCGUCGACCAAGACGGCAGCGACAGCAGGGCCAGAGUCGGCAGCCACGACGACUUCAGGUCUGCGAGGCAAGCCAGUGCGCAGCAGAGCGGGCACGGCGACGGGCAGCAAAGCAGCGGCAGCGGCAGUGGCAGCGGCAGCGGCAGUGGCAGCGGCAGCGGCAGGGCGUAGCACGCGGUCCAACAAUGCCACCUCAUCCACAGUAAGCCAAAAGAAAGAAAAGCCCAUCCCGUUGAGUCCUAAGAAGAUCAACCAGUUGGCCCUCAACCGAAACACGGACUCGGACGACGAGCUGGCUAUGGACGAGAAAGCACCCGUGCGCCGCUUCAAGAAGGGCCCCAUCAAGCCGCCCGCCCUCGGCGGCGCCAGCAGCAGCACCAGAGACGGCGCCCCGUCGGCAGCGUCAGCGUCGGCACCCGACGAGCAGGACGAGAACCUCGUCCUCCAGCCGCCCGAAGGCGCCAUGGUGCUGGGUAGCGCGGCGCGGCGCCUGCCGGCCUCGCCGUGGAAGAACUCGAUCAAGUCGCCCGCGAGGCGCGUCGAGGGCCUCCUGGGCGCGCCGUCAGCGGCGGCGGCGGUGCAGGCCAACGGGCAACCGGCCCCGUCGCCAGCCAAGAUGUCGCUGUUCCAGUCGCCGGCCAAGCGACAGCCGCUCGGCGGCAACAUGAACAUGGGCGGGAGCAUCGUCGGCGGCGGCGCCCAGGCAAGCGUGUCGCCCCUCAAGAUGUCGCUGCUGUCGUCGCCCGCCAAGCGUCCGGCGUCGCCCGUCAAGGCCGCCGUCGCCGCUCACCUGUCUCAGCCGGCAGCAGCGGUCCAUGACGAAGGUGAUCGGCUGGGCGGCCGGAUCCUAGUCCCCAAGGCCGCCAUCCUCGCGACCCCGCGGCCAGCCGAGCAGGCCUACCUCCUGCGUGCCGGCGGCCGUGCAGCCGAGGACGGUGUCGAUAGCGACGACGAGAUGGUCCUCGACCAGGGCGACGACGACGAGGGCGACGCCAUGCCCGACUCGCCGACGCGGCUGCGGUUCCCGGGCCGCCUGUCGGCCGUGCUGCCCCGCCAUGCGGACCCGGCGCUGCUGCUGGCCGGCAAUAGCAAUCUGAUGGCGUCACUGCCCGAAGAGCAGGACCAGGACCAGGGCCACGACGAAGAGGAUGCAGAUGCAGAGGAGGACGGCGGCGACGAGCCCAUGGCGCUCGACCACGACGAGGCCGCCGACGACGGCUUUGUCUUCUCGGCCGACGUGACGCCGAGCAAGAAGGCGCCGGCAGGCGAUGUGUUUGCGCAGCUGCGCGAGAAGGACCGGCGCGACGCGGCGGCGGCGUACGACGACGAGACCGAGUCCGAGGAGGAGGAGUCGGAGACCGAAGACGAAUGCGACGACGCCGCGGGUGCCGAUGUGCCUGCGACCCCCUGCCCCCGGGCCACGAAAGCAGCAGCGGCAGCAGCCGUGGGUGGCAGGACGCCCGCAAGCGCUGCCGGUCGCAGCGCGGCCAAGCGGGUGCGCGUCAACGGCAAGUUCGGGUUCACGCCGCUGGCCGACCAGCUCAGCGGGUGGUCGGCGGGGGCGAGCCCGCUCAAGACGGCGUCGCCAUCCCGGGGCUCGUUCUUUGACGAAGCCAUGGCCGACGACGAGAACAAGGGCCAGGCCGAGGCCGAGCCGACUGAAGAUGAAGAGGAGGAAGAGGAUGCGACGCCAGAGCUCGACAGCCCCGUGCUGGAAGACAUCCCCUUCUCGCCCGAGGAUGUGGCGCUCGCCGUCGAGGCGCACGAGAUGUCGCUGCUGGAGCCCGAGGCCGUCGACCAGCUAGUGCGUGACGAGCACAGCGAGGACGAGAGCGAGCACGGCGAGCACUACGGUGACGAGAACGACCUCCCCAUCGACCCGGCGCUCGAGUCCAUAGCUGUCGCGCCACAGUCACAGCCCCGAACACCGCGCGCCCCGCUAGCAGCGCGCCGCGAGGUGCAUACCACGUCCAAGAUCCCGCUCAAGCCGGCCGACGACUCGACGCCCCAGCUCAACCGCUCCGUCAAGAAGCGCAGCCACAGCAUCUCGCGGCUGCCGGUGCAGCGGCCGGCCGCGCCGCAGCGCAACGCGACGGUCAUCUCGUACUCGCCGACGAAAACCAGCAAGCGCGAGAGUCUGCAGCCGCACCCAGUAACGCCGCAAAAGAGCACCACGGAGGGAUCAUCAUGGCCGACGGCCGGCACGCCGGCGCGCACGCCGCGGCGCGACGAUGUCAGCCCGGCGCUGCUGCGCGGGGCCGUCGUGUUUGUGGACGUGCACACGACCGAGGGCGCCGACGCGAGUGGCAUCUUUGUCGAGCUGCUAGCGGCCAUGGGCGCGCGCUGCGUCAAGACGUGGGCGUGGAACCCGGCCAGCUCUCCUCCCCCCUCGUCAGGGACGGAAGCGGUGGCCAAGAUCGGCAUCACGCACGUCGUGUACAAGGACGGCGGCCGCCGCACGCUGGAAAAGGUCCGCGAGAGCGCCGGCGUCGUGCAGUGCGUCGGCGUCAGUUGGGUGUUGGACUGCGAGCGCGAGAAUACCUGGCUCGACGAGGCGCCCUACUACAUCGACACGUCGCUGAUGCCGCGCGGCGGUGCCCGGCGGCGCAAGAGCAUGGAGCCGCGGUCCAUUGCCAACCUCAACGGCAUGCUCGUGCCCGCCGGUAAUCCCAGCACCACCACUCCCGCCCGCCAGACUUCGUCGUCCUUCAAAGGCAGCCAGACGGCGCCGCACCCGUCGGCGUCGGCGCCGGCCCCGCGCACGCCUGCCUACAACCGCCGCGCCAGCUCGCUGUGGGUGCGCACGCCCGAAGACCGCGGCCACGCCGACGACGACGGCGACGUCAACGGCAGUGACGAUGAUGAUAAUGAUGACGGCGAGUGGCGCGGCAUGCUGACGCCCGUGCCCAAGACUCCCGCGCCCGAGGCCGUCGCGCGCUACGCUGCCGCCCUGACCCCCGGCUCGCUAUCGUCACUGCAGUCGUCCGACGGCGAGUAUGAGGAUGGUGGUGAUGAUGAUGACGAUGAGAAUGGCGUCGACCGCCGCCGCGCCACGCUCAUGACGCGCACGUGUCCGCCCAAGGCGAGCUCUCCGUCUUCGCGGAUGAUCCUUGGCGACGGCAUCCUCGCCCGCGACAAGGACCAGGGUGUGCUCAUGCGACUUAUGGCUGCCCGCCGCAAGAGCCUGCAGUUUGCGCCAAAGGUCGGGAGUCCGUUGGCCAAGGCUUGGAAUUGA